UUUUUAAUAUAAAAAAAAACUUCUAAAGAAUAAAAAUCUUCAGCAACAGCUUCUAUUUCGUUCGUCUCUCAAGUCAAGACGUUAAACCACACUUUGCAACCACCGUCGUCGUUUUCCUCCGCGGUCUACUCCUCCGCCUCCGCCGCUUGAUACAGUUUCUAGGUUUCGCUUCGACUGCAAGCAAUGCCGUCACAGAAGCGUUCUUUCGAAGAGGCUCUCGAAGAGAAUGAAGACUCUGAAAAUGAGAUAAACAACGACGAGCAACCUAAAGAUGAAGACGAAUCAGAUCAAAGCCGUUCAUCUGACGACGAAGAAGAAGAUGAAGAUGAAGAGGAAGAGGAAGAAUAUGUGGCUAUAAAAUUGUCAGAUGUACGCAAGGAAGUUCAGUGUCCUAUCUGCCUUGGUAUCAUUCGAAAAACAAGAACCGUUAUGGAAUGCCUUCAUCGCUUUUGCAGAGAGUGCAUAGACAAAUCCAUGCGCCUUGGUAACAAUGAAUGUCCUGCUUGCCGUACUCAUUGUGCUAGCCGACGCUCAUUGAGAGAUGACCCAAGCUACGAUGCCUUGAUUGCUGUUAUGUAUCCAGAUAUUGACAAGUAUGAGGAACAGGAAUUGGCUUUGCAUGAGGAUGAGAUGGCUCGCCAUAAGCAGUUUCAAGCAUCCAUUGCCCAAACACUAAAACGGCAAUCAGAAGCGUUGAGUAAAAAACGAAAUGCCAAAGCAACAUCAGUGGCUUUUGUGAGGAGAUCCCAAGGCAACUCUCGAACUUCGAAUCUCAAACGUCGAAGAAACUUUAGAAAUGCUGGUGACUUUCAGGUAUCCAAUGACAACAAGGGUAUGGAUGAUAUUGAUGGGGGAAAGGGAUCAUCUUCUGAUGAUGGGCAGACAGAAACCCAGCCAAGAAGAUGCAAAAGAGGUGGAGAACAAGAAGCACAAUUUCCUCAGCAUUCUCCCUCUACUGAACCAGAUGGAGUUGGUGAUGAAAAUACUCCAGAAGUAAAUAGGGAAAUCCUAAGUGCAUCUGGCACACUUUCCUGGGGAAAAAAUGGUCACCGGAGUCACAGCCGAGUCAAUGGAAAGAAUGCCAAAAACAACCGCAUCUCCAAAUUGGUUGAACAUAUUCGUAACUCAGCAAAAAAUGGUUAUGAGUUAUUUCAGCUGCCUACCUUUCUCAUGCUUGUCUCGUUGGAUGAGCAAAGAAUACCAAGUUUGGAGGAUCCAUGCCUUACUUGCAAGCCUACCAUGUCAGUCAAGAUACUGCGCAAGCAUGUAGCAAAUGAAACUGCCAUGCCUGAGGCUGAAGUUGACUUGUGGUUGAUACUCAAGCCACGAUCUAGCUUUGAAGAAGGUGAAAGAACCAUCGAUCCAAACACAGAUAAUUUACGCAUUCUAGAAGACCAAGAAACAUUGGCCGAAUUGCUGGGAACUUAUGAAAAUACCAGCCAUGGUUAUCUGGUCAUGGCUUACAAGAGGAAGUUGCAGAAUUCAGACACAGUUGAGUUAAGCUGAAUGAUGAACAGUCACCCAAAUCCUUCUUUGCCAAGCUCUCAAUUAUACAGAGCUAUAAAUAUAUCUCAGUUUUAUUACAUUCUUUAUUUUAAUACUUUCCCCUGAGUAACAGAAAGAGGGGGUGAACCCUAAUUGUUAAGCGCACAGUAAAUUAGAACCACAGGUGUGCAUUUACCAAACCCCGGGUUUCUUAUGUUCUGGGGGAAAACGUGUCUAUCUCCCGAAAUGUGUUUACUGGUUUAGUAAUCUUCAAAUGGCACCGUAAUUGGCUUAUUUUAUACAAA